UGCAAUUUGUCAGAAUUAUUUAUUCAUACUAUCCUUAGAGUGAAUGAAAUGUAUGUCUGAGUCUGACGUUUUUAUUCAGCCUUAUUAAUGGAUUACGUGAAGCCGUCUUCUGUGACUAGAGUGGACGUGAUUCAUUACACGUUAGUAAAACCCUUUUCCUGUAAUAGCCUCAGAGCUGGUUGCAUUCUAGCUUUCUCCAUGUGGAAGAAAGAUCCAGCGGAAACGAGCAACUUCCACAGAAAGUUCCACCCUCUCACUCCCAUUUUCUACGCCCACAUGAUAUGACAGCUAGACCUGACCACUUGUAUCUCCCUAAUGCAGCCUGUGUAUGUGGAAAGUUUAAAGGAACAUCCUUACAGUGGUUUGGAUUUGAGAAGUGUUGCCAGAUCUUUCUGGGAAAACAAGUGAUUGGUCUGACAGAACAAUCUCACAAUAAGUGACUUGCCUCACAAAAAGAAAGGUUUUUGCAUAUACUUCGUAUUAAUUUCUUAACAUAACUGAUCUGAUUUUAUUGAUGAAUUGCAUCUUUCUGCAAAAAAAAAAAGUUCUUUCUUGAGUUAUCUUGAAAAUAAUAAUGUGUACAGUCCUUGUGUAAAUGUGGAAACUAGUUAGUAGCUAUUUCUCUUGCUCUUCUCACCUCGAACAGAAAUGCUAAACAUCUGGAGAAAUUUCACACUAAAUUAUAACCGAGCUUCCAUGUUGUGUUAUGGGACUGUAUUCUGGCCAUGUUUGGGUUUUAUUUAAUAAACGAGCCAUGGACAUGGCAACACCGGAUUUGAGACACCACAACACGCAACAUAAUGAGAAUAUAACUUAAUUGCUAGCUCAUCUCAAUGAUUUUAUAUAGCAUUCGUAUUAUUAACAUGCAAAACUGAAUUAGAAUUCGUACCAUUUUUUCCAUAAAAGAUUUUAUGUCAAAUAACUCAUAUUCAUUAGUUCAUAUGAACUGAAAACGUGUUUCGUCACAAGUCACACGAGGUUGCACAAAACGGCGCCUUUAAGACAGUGGGCGGUGCCUACGGUCUGACGUAGACAAUCCUUAUAAACAGUGUCCAGCUCAAUGUUUUCCAUGAUGAAAGAGGAGAGUUGAGCGGCGGAGUGUUUUACUACACGUGAGUUUUGUUUAAUACAUCGUCGUUUUAUUAAGAUUCCCCGGGAUUACUCACAGCACUCGUCGAAGUUGGAUUGGAUAUUAAAGGGAGGAACAACUACGGAACAAUUAACCUUUUCUCCCAUUGUUGUUGGAAAAGUGAAGUGUACAAAGCGUGUCUUUGUUACCCAUAGUUGGAUUAUGAGUUCUGCAGGUUUAAGGAAGGUGGAGACCCUCACAGGCCUGAACUAGCCUCCACUCUCUUAAACAUUAUGGCCUCAGGCCAGCCACACUGGGAUCAACACCAUGACCAUGACACCAUGGAUAAGCUGUUUUAUGGAUUUGGUUCGGAGUCCAUGGACCACAGCUUGAGAAUGUAUCAACAGAACUCUGCAAAUCUGGGCUUUGAAAGAAGGACGUCUGGCUCUUGUUCUCCUCAAUGUCUAUCUCCCAGGACUCCCAAUCCUACACAGCUGCUGUUUUCCUCUCAGUGUCACCCAGCUGCGGGAGACCAGGUGGUUCCAUCCUUAGAGAAACUGUCUGUUUAUGAACACAUACCCCCUUGUUCACCCAGGAGAAUAACUAAGCCCCUCCCACCCCUCCCGGACAUAGGUGACCUGUCCUCUGAUGAAGCAGAAGACAACGAGGUGGAGUUUUUUUCCAGCACCUCUGAGAGCCAGAGUUUAGUGCCUAAAACCUCGUCUUUCCAGCAAGGCUUACAGGGGAGGCGCAGUUUUCGAGGAAACGGUCAGAUAAACUUUGCAUAUCAUGAAGGGUUUCAAGAACAUCAAUGCGGGGUGAAGCCUCAGUGGGAGCAGACAGUAACCCAGAACCAAGACAGACCCCAGCGCCAGCUGCAUCGCUCCUAUUCCGGCCCUGCAGGAUCCUUAAAGGGCGCAAACUUCAGGCCAUUCAGCCUUCACCAUUCUCCGCAUAGCCACCCACAGGAGAAACCCGAAGUCCCGCCUCGCAUCCCAAUCCGUCCUCGCUUCAGUGAGAGCGCGGACAGCAGGCGGCUGUCAACUGAUGACUUCGAUGCGGACAAACCUCCCAAAGUGCAGCCCAGGGAGCCCAACCCUCAGGUCAUACCAUGUACCAUUAGUCCAAAAAGUCUCCCGAUUUACAUCAAUGGGGUAAUGCCUCCUACUCGAAGCUUUGCUCCCUAUCCGGAGUAUGUCAGUAAGGCUCAAUACAAGCAGAGCUGUGAGGGCUUGCCGGCUCCUCGUAGCCCCUGUAUUCUACCAAUCAUGGAAAAUGGGAAGCAAGUCAGCAGUACCCAUUACUUCCUCCUCCCACAUCGGCCCGAGUACUUGGACAAGUUUGAGAGGUUUUUCAAAGAAUCAGACUUCUAGUGGUUAUUAGUGAUUGAGUGUUUAGAAACUGAAGUUGUUUGCAUGUUUAAAGUGGAAAUAUGGAAGUCUGGAUAUGAACUGAUAUGUGGUUUGACUGAACCGAUUCAUCAGUGUUAUGAAUUACUGGUCUGUUUAGGGAUUGGAUAAGUGUGUCUUUGGACUACACACACAAAGUAUUGGUUUACCACUGCUGGAAACUGCAGAACAACUCUGAAAGUGACUUAUUUGUAGGGACGCAUGAUUAAUCGAAAUGAAACUAAAGUUGCGAUUUUGACUUGGAAAAAAUAAUGUUACAGUCUCCCUGUGGUUUUCUGUGGUUUUCUGCCAAAAUAAAAGGUAGGUUGUAUAGCGGUUGAAAUUAAGACAAUUAGUACCAUAAUUUGGUUUAAGUUGUUCUUUAAAACAACAACAAAAAAAAUAGUAAUAUAUUCUAUUUUACAGUGAACUAUUACAAUAGUAAUAUUUCCUGCUUGUAUUAUUGGUCUUAUUAUUUAGUCAUAUUGAUAAGUACAACAAACCUGCAGCUUUUUUAAAUUAUCAUUCUUUUUAUUAUUUUUUUAAUUGUGUUGACCUAUUUAUUGAUUUCCUUGCUGUAUUGUUAAAUUCGAGUGUGCAGUAUCCUUUUAUGAAGGAAUGGGAUGAACUGUUGCACUGUUAACACUGUGUAACCAGAGUAUAAGCUGGUUUUAUUUUGCCUUCUCUGAAACAUGCAAUGGUAUAGAUGAUUUGGUUUUUUUUUUUGUUUUUUUUAAGAUAUUAUGCACCAACAGUAUACAUUCAGAUUUUGCUGAAAAAUAACUGAGUAAAAGAAUAGUAUUAGCAAUAACUGAAUAAUAAACAGCUGCUGGCUUUUUUUUUAAUGUCAUUUCAUGCCAUGUUAUUUACACCAAUAAGAAGUGUGGUGUUCAAAACUGUCAGUACUAAUGUAGUGGCAUAAAUGGAAAUGACUUGGCCCAUGGGUUUGUAUUAUAGUCUUCAAGUGAAGCAUGCAUUUUGCUUUCUUUUUUGACCAUUCAAGAUUUGACAAAAAAUAUAAAAAAAUAAAGACUGGCUAAUAAAUUUUUUUUAAAAGACUGGCAUUUCUAGUCGCAUUUAGCUAAGUGCAAACAGACUAAUUUGUGUUAAAGCAUUUUUUCCUUCGGUCAUGUCUGUUACAAAGGCAGAAAUGCCACUGCCUUGCCGUUUGGUGUCCAAAUGUGGGACACUUGGUUUUAUUGGGUAGUUGGUGAACUUGCAUCUUUAAGCUAUUUACCAUGAAGUUAUAAAAGCCUAAAACUGAUCCUGGCCUUGAGCUGCAUGCGUUUCGUACCAAACAUUGAGCACACUUGUUUUCUUUGAUUAGACUUUUAAUAAUCUCGACAUUAUCAGACCUGUAACUGUUUAUGUUUGUGUGAGCUACUUCUGUUUUGUCCAUUCAACAAAAUGACUUGGAUAUUUUCUGUGUGAAGGCUCAUGUUAAUGUACUUUGUUUCAUCUGCUGAGGAAACAUGCACUUCUGAAAUGUACAGUAUUGGUGUAGUUUUUCACACCAGACUAUUUAAAUAAAGUAACUUAUUUAUACAGA